AUGAGUGCCGCCGCUCCUCGUCUCCUCUCCUCUCUAUCCCUUCGCCGGGCCGCUACCCUCCGUCCUCUACAGCCUCUUCGACCAGCCUCAUUUGGCGCCGUCCAGACUCUCUCCAUUUCCGCAAUCUCAGCUCGCAAUAUGGCCACUGCCAGGAAGAUCAAGGUCCAGAACCCCGUCGUGGAGCUGGACGGUGAUGAGAUGACCCGCAUCAUCUGGAAGAGCAUCAAGGACCGCUUCAUCUUCCCGUAUCUCGACAUUGACCUCAAGUACUACGAUCUGGGGCUGGAGUAUCGUGAUGAGACCAAUGACCAGGUCACUCUCGAUGCGGCCGAGGCUAUCAAGAAGUACUCGGUCGGCGUCAAGUGCGCCACCAUCACCCCUGACGAGGCCCGCGUCAAGGAGUUUAACCUCAAGCAGAUGUGGCUCUCUCCCAACGGCACCAUCCGCAAUGCCCUCGGCGGCACCGUCUUCCGCGAGCCCAUCGUCAUCGACCGCAUCCCCCGCCUCGUCCCCGGCUGGAAGCAGCCCAUCAUCAUCGGCCGUCACGCCUUUGGCGACCAGUACCGCGCAAAGGACCUCGUUGCCUCCGGCCCCGGCAAGCUGGCCAUGGUCUUCACCCCCGAGGGCGGCCAGCCCCAGGAGAUUGAAGUCUUCCAGUUCAAGAACGGCGGUGGCGUUGCCCAGACCCAGUACAACACGGACGAGUCCAUCACGGGCUUUGCGCACGCCUCGUUCAAGCUGGCCCUGGACAAGAAGCUGCCCCUGUACAUGAGCACCAAGAACACCAUCCUCAAGAAGUACGACGGCCGCUUCAAGGACAUCUUCCAGGAGCUGUACGACACGCAGUACAAGACCGAGUUUGAGGCCAAGGGCAUCUGGUACGAGCACCGUCUCAUUGACGACAUGGUUGCUCAGAUGAUCAAGAGCUCCGGCGGCUACAUCAUGGCCCUCAAGAACUACGACGGUGACGUCCAGUCCGACAUUGUCGCCCAGGGCUUCGGCUCCCUCGGCCUCAUGACCUCCGUCCUCAUCACCCCCGACGGCAAGACCUUCGAAUCCGAGGCCGCCCACGGCACCGUCACCCGCCACUACCGCGAGCACCAAAAGGGCCGCGAGACCUCGACUAACCCCAUUGCCUCCAUCUUCGCCUGGACCCGCGGCCUUAUUCAGCGCGGCAAGCUCGACAACACCCCCGAGCUGGUGGCCUUUGCCGAGGGCCUCGAGAAGGCCUGCGUCGACACUGUUGACGUCGACGGCAUCAUGACCAAGGACUUGGCCCUGGCGUGCGGCAAGACGGGCCGCGAGGACUAUGUCACUACGAAUGAGUAUCUGGAUGCUGUUGAGAGGAGGCUGAAGGCUUCGCUGAAGGAGAAGCUGUAG